CUCCAGAAGACGCCAAUACGGUGGCCGGAGAGGCUCACGUGUUUCUGACAAGCGCGAUUCGAGGUCGCUUCUACUUCUAGUUCUGUUCAAGAUGGCGGCGCACCUCAAGAAGCGGGUGUAUGAAGAGUUCAGUAAAGUGGUUGUCCAGCAACAGCAGCAUGAAGAAAUCUCAGCAAAGAAACUCCGACUAACCAAACCAAGCAAGUCAGCAGCACUCCACGUGGAUCUAUGCAAGGCCACCUCCGCAGCAGAUGCACUGCAAUAUCUACUCCAGUUUGCCAGGAAGCCAGUGGAGGCUGAAAGUGUGGAGGGAGUUGUCCGAAUCUUGCUGGAGCAUUUUUACAAGGAGAAUGAUGCUUCUGUCAGACUGAAGGUUGCUUCCUUGCUGGGUUUGCUUUCGAAGUCUCCAGGGUUUUCUCCUGACUGUAUUCUUGACGACGCUGUUAACACACUUCAAAAUGAGAAGUCCCACCAAGUUCUCGCUCAGCUGCUGGACACCCUACUGCUGAUUGGGAUGAAGCUCCAAGAAAAUCCUGCUGUGAGGAUGCGCCUGGUAGACGUGGCCUGCAAGCAUCUGACUGAUUCUUCCCAUGGCGUAAGGAACAAAUGCCUGCUUCUGAUUGGUUGUCUUGGAACCGGGGAAAAGGGCAUCUCGAAAGAGGUGGAAAGCCAGCCUCCCAAAGACGUCCAGAAGAUAAUAGGAGAUCACUUUAAUGACCAGGAUCCUCGGGUUAGGACCGCGGCCAUCAAAGCUAUGCUCCAGCUCCAUGAAAGGGGAUUAAAGUUGCAGCAAACCAUUUACAGCCAGGCAUGUAAACUCUUAACAGAUGAUUAUGAACAGGUCCGCAGUGCUGCUGUUCAACUGACCUGGGUCCUUAGUCAGCUCUACCCAGAAAGCAUUGUCCCGAUCCCUUCCUCCAAUGAAGAAAUCCGCCUAGUCGAUGAUGCGUUUGGAAAGAUUUGUCACAUGGUCAGCGACGGCUCCUGGGUGGUGAGAGUCCAAGCUGCGAAACUCUUGGGAUCUAUGCAGCAAGUUAGUUCCCAUUUCUUAGAACAAACGCUGGACAAGAAACUGAUGUCAGACUUGAGGAGAAAGCGCACAGCCCACGAGCGAGCCAAAGAGCUCUAUAGCUCUGGGGAGUUCUCAAGUGGCAGAAAAUGGGGGGAUGAUGCCCCUAAGGAGGAAGUAGACACGGGAGCCGUGAAUUUAAUUGAAUCAGGUGCCUGCGGGGCCUUUGUUCACGGCCUGGAGGAUGAGAUGUACGAGGUUCGGAUUGCCGCUGUCGAGGCCCUCUGCAUGUUGGCGCAGUCCUCACCCUCUUUUGCGGGGAAGUGCCUCGAUUUCCUGGUCGACAUGUUUAAUGACGAGAUUGAAGAAGUGAGGCUGCAGUCGAUCCACACCAUGAGGAAGAUUUCCAACAACAUCACCCUCCGAGAGGACCAGUUGGACACGGUGCUCGGUGUCUUGGAGGAUUCUUCCCGAGAUAUACGGGAAGCUCUUCACGAGCUGCUGUGUUGCACCAACGUCUCGACAAAAGAAGGCAUCCAUCUGGCACUGGUGGAACUCCUGAAGAACCUCACCAAGUACCCUACUGACAGGGAUUCCAUCUGGAAGUGCUUGAAGUUUCUGGGUGGCAGGCAUCCUACCUUGGUGCUUCCGCUUGUUCCUGAAUUGCUGGGCACCCACCCUUUCUUUGACACUCCAGAACCUGACAUGGAUGACCCAGCUUAUAUUGCUGUCUUGGUUCUCAUUUUCAAUGCUGCCAAAUCGUGCCCGACCAUGCCGGCCUUGUUCUCGGACCACGCUUUCAGGCACUACACUUACCUUCGGGACAGCCUCUCCCACCUCGUCCCUCCCUUGAGAUUGCCUGGGAAAAAGCUGGUAUCCUCGCCUGUUUCAGCCAGUAUCGCACUUCAGGAAGAUCCUUCACAGGAAUUCUUGCAGCAGAGCCUCGAAAGGGUUUUCAACCUUCAGCACCUCGACCCACAGGGUACUCAGGAGCUGCUUGAAUUCACUAUUCGGGACCUUCAGAGGUUUGGAGAGCUGCAGUCGGACUUAGCUGGGGUGGCUGACUUCUCUGCAGCGUACCUUCGAUGUCAACUGCUCCUCAUCAAGGCCCUCCAGGAGAAGCUGUGGAACGUGGCGGCCCCCCUGUAUCUGAAGCAGAACGCUCUGGCUUCGGCUGCAGCAAAACAGAUUAUGGAAGAAACUUACAAGAUGGAGUUCAUGUACAGUGGCGUGGAACACAAGCAGGUGGUCAUUAUCCACCACAUGAGACUGCAGGCAAAAGCGUUGCAGCUGAUUGUCACAGCGCGAACUACAAGAGGGGUAGAACCUCUCUUUGGCAUGUGUGAAAUUUUUUUACAAGAAGUAGACUCUUUUCAAAGAUGUUUCAUUUCAGAGCUCCCUCACAUGCAAGAUAGCUUUGUGGACAAACUGCUGGACCUGAUGCCCAGACUGGUGACCUCCAAACCUUUCGAAGUGGUGAAGAUCCUACAGGCGACAUUGCGACAGAGUACCUUCCUUCGCCUUCCUCUCCCAGAGAAGAUCCACAGGGCUACAGCCACCAUUAUUGAACCAGCAGGAGAAUCGGACAACCCACUACGAUUCACCUCAGGAUUAGUUGUCGCAUUAGAUGUCGAUGCCACCCUGGAACACGUACAGGAUCCUCAGGGCACAGUUAAAGUUCAGGUAUUGUAUCCUGAUGGGCAGGCACAAGUGAUCCAUCCUAAACCGUCUGACUUCCGAAAUCCUGGUCCAGGAAGGCACCGGCUAAUUACCCAGGUUUACCUCUCGCAUACUGCCUGGACAGAGCCCUGUCAAAUUGAAGUGCGGCUGUUAUUGGCAUACAGUUCUGACAGAAACAAAGCAAACACGAGGCUUUCGCGGCCCGCCUGGGGAGACAGCAUGGAGUUUCUCCCGCAGUCUGAGAACGGCAUUGAAGGAACCAUCCCUUUCAGCAAGCCAGUCAAGGUCUAUAUCAUGCCCAAGCCUGCCAGACGCUGAAGCCGUAGUUGAAAGACCUUCUCCCUCUCUUAUUUUAAUUGACGGGAUUACCGGAAGAGAUCAAAAGAGUUUUAAAUGCGGAUGGGACAGAUAUGUAGGAGAUCGUCAAGGCUGCAGCACAACAAAACCGCCUGCCUUCCUUUUAAAAAACGGAGCAGUUUUGCUUGCAAACUAAACAGACAAGAUGCACAAAGGGGGGGGAGUAGAGGAGGAGAUCAGUUUGACAACAUUGGAAUGGACUGGUGAGUUGUCAGUCGGUAUUGAUAUCCAGUUGGGACCAGGCCGAUCUUCCCUUGCCAGGAUUCUCACUUUGACGGAGGUGGUGCAGCUUCCCAGUGGCCCUCUGGCCAAUGGUGGAGGCCAGCCAGUGUGUCCCUCCCCAUUUGGGAUUGGUAGAUCUGGCCUUAAAACCUCCCUGCUGCUGAGUUUGUGUUUGUGGUGCCUUUCCUCAUAAAGCAGGAGUUCUCAAAUGUGGGUUUCUGGAGGUUGGUGGACUACAAUUCACAUCAUCGUGGCAGGGGAUAAUGGGAGUAUAGUCCACCAACUUCUGGGGGCCCAAGUUUGAAAAUCCUUGUUACAAAGAAUUGGUGCACCUUAAAGCUGCCCCACAAGCUCUAAAAUGAGGCCUCCUCCAUCUGGGGUUGUGUGAUCUGCCUCGAAACUGAACAUGCUGUGGUUCCAAUGUCCUCUGCAGCUCUGCAUCAAGGAGAAGCUGAAGCUUGCUUUGGCAAGUGGUUGCUGUUUCCUUGGGAAAGGCACCAGCCCCAUUCUCUCUCUUCUUGGGGCCUUGAAAGUAUAAAUGGCCUGUCUUUUAAAGGGGUAACCUGUCCCCACCACAGGCUGCCCACCAGCAAACGCUGCCCAGUGGCCAUCUCUGGCAGCCUGCAAGGGCCUCGAGGAGGAAAAGCAAAAUGGGACGGAGUGGUGAUAGAAACAGUGGCCAUACACGGACUGUGGCAUACAGGUAUUUAUUUUUCUCUGUGGGAAAACCAAACAUGCAUUUGAAGCAGAAAAAGAUCUGCUUGCAUUUGUUAUACAGAUCAAACAACUUUUCACAUGAGAACUUGCUCUCAGUUUUACUCUUUCUUCAAUAAAAUGGAAACAGAACCCA